AUGUGCAUACUACCUGCAACGUUCGCAGGCAGUCCACGAUACAUGCACGCGAGGAUGCAAGACGUGAUGACAUACGUUCGUAAGUACGGCCGACCAGGCCUAUUCAUAACUUUCACGUGUAACCCAAAAUGGUACGCAAUUGCUAAACAACUUAUGCCAGGGCAAUCAGCCUACGACCGUGCAGACUUCAUUGUGCGUGUUUACCAUCUGAAGUUGGGAAAGCUAAUGGAUGUCAUUACAAAGGGCCAGGUUUUGGGGGCUGUUUGCUGUCGCAUGCACACUAUUGAGUGGCAGAAACGCGGCCUGGCUCACGCACAUAUACUAAUUUGGCUGUGCGACAAGAUUGAGGCCACAGAAUUCGAUCAUCUUAUUUCUGCUGAAAUUUCUGAUCCGUCGGCUGACCCUGAAUUGUACGAAAUAGUGACAACCAACAUGAUUUAUAGUCCCUGCGGGUCGCCUUACAAUUACACCAGCUGUCACAACAGCGACAGCAAAUGCACCCGGCAGUACCCACGGGAUUUCGUGAGCAAAAUCAUUACAGGGAGCGAUGGUUAUCCACUGUACCGACGAAGGAGUCCCGCUGCGGGAGGAUUUACAGCCGUGGUAAAGGGCCACCAUGUGGAUAACAGAUGGGUAGUGCCAUACAGUCCCCUGCUAACAAAAGCGUUCAAUGCGCACAUCAAUGUCGAAUAUUGCCAUUCUGUUCGCUCCAUCAAGUAUGUAUGCAAGUACAUCAGCAAAGGGACUGAUGCUGCAAUGUUUGGUGUUAGGCAGGAAGGUUCCAUAGACGAAAUCCAGGACUUCCUUACAGGGCGCGUCAUUAGCAUCAGAGAGGGCCCUUGGCACAUAUUCAGCUUCCCCAUCCACGCACGCUUCCUAGCAAUCGUCCAGCUUCCUGUGCACCUAGAAAACGACGAACUUCGUUAUUUUUCUGCGGAUACAGCAAUGGAUGUGGCUGCGUGUACCAAAGACACAACGCUUACAGCGUUCUUCAAACUUUGUCGACAGGACGAGUUUGCUAGGUCUCUACUGUACCCAGACGUGCCUUCAUACUACGUGUGGACAAAAAAGAACACCUGGGCCCGGUGGAAGUGCGGGGCUAACUUCGAAGGCUAUCCAGGCGUAAAAAAAGACGCCACACUCGGAAGGGUAUUCACGGUUCCCCCAUCGCGACAGGAAUGUUUUUACUUGCGACUCCUUUUGCACGAAGUUAGUGGUCCAACGAGCUACAAUAACUUACGGACAGUUAAUGGAGUUUUAUGUGACACUUUUCGUGAGGCAUGCCUCCGUCUAUGCCUUUUGGAAGACGACAGCCAAUGGGAUGCCACAAUGGCUUAG